AUGCAUACUAAUGUGCCCUUCAAAGUUUUUGCUUCUACACAAUACUCCGUGCGAGCCGACAGGAUGCGAGGAGGUAGAAACAAAUUCGGCCCGAUGUACAAGCGCGACCGGGCGCGCAAGCUGCAGAUGAUACGCCAGCGCCAGCUCGCCCUGCAGACGCUGGGCCGCGUCGACACCGCGAGCUACCCGAACACCGUGGCGCCACUGUUCCACAUCAAGCAGGAGAUCCAGAUACCGCAGGUGUCGUCGCUCACGUCGUCGCCGGACUCGUCGCCGUCGCCGGCGGCGGUGGCGGCGGGCCUCGUGGGCG